GCGCAUGCGUAUGCUGUGUUUAGAUUCCUCCAAAGAACUGUUCCGAGUCUUAACGCUUUCAACGCCACCGCUGACUUUUACCUUCGUGUUCAUGGAGCAAGUGCUCCCUGUGCUGCCUUCGUAUCACAUGGAAUUGCUUCAAAAAUUAACUGUGAGUGUACUGUUCGACGAGACAGUUGGAAUUCGCUCGAUAACGUCCCCGUUGUGUCAGUAUCUCCCGUCGGUAGGAAGAUCAAUCCCUACACGCUAGGACUUUCCUGUUAGCUGCGGCAGACCCCCUGCGUUCAGUGACCGCUCUAAAAACAGCACAAGCCUUUUGUUAUUUUGAGGAUACAUCCCACCCGAACUAUUUUGGAUUGUGUGCCCGGAGCCUGGUUCAUUACACCGUACGUCUCUCUCACUGUCUGAAGGUUUGUUUCCGUGUUAAAAUGGCUGCUGAAAGGUUUUAAGGAGAUUGGACCUGAUAUAACGCUAUAGUCAUUCUGAGCUCAGCUCCGACUGCGAAGAAGCCUGCUAGAAGCGCUAAAGUGAUGAAAUGAAGUGAAAGUCAUUUCAUCCGCUACGAGCGACGUUUUGCUUUGUUUGGAUGGGGAUUUCCUCCGUCUAAAAUGCAUGCGAUUGAUCUGAUAUUUUUAAACCACCCUUGCAACAUCUAACUGGCGGUGUUCUAAUGCAUUACACAUAGCUCUAACUGAAUCUCAUCGUAACCGUACGACCGUUGUAGCUGAAACUUUUGCAAAAUUGCAGCAAAAACGAGGCUGCAGCAGAUAAUCCUGAAGGCCCCGGUCUCAGACCUGGGUUGACGGGCUGAAAAUGGACCCUGGUGGGAAAUGGGCUUCAAAACUCUUGACUUUAGGACACCAAGUGGCCACUGUGAGGGGCUUCUACAGAUACCUGGUCGUGAGCGUUGUGUUUUGCUUGGUGCUGGUGAUCCACGCGUCACCAGCCAAGACCUGCGAAAAGAGCUGUCUGUCAGGAAAAUGCAUUAACGGAUCCUGCAUCUGUGACCGAGGAUGGGUGGGAGACCAGUGCCAGCACUGCCAGGGACGAUUCAAGUUGACAGAACCAUCAGGAUAUCUGACUGAUGGUCCAAUCAACUACAAGUACAAAACAAAAUGCACCUGGUUGAUAGAAGGACAUCCAAAUGCAGUUCUUCGAUUGAGAUUUAACCACUUUGCCACGGAAUGUAGCUGGGACCAUGUGUAUGUCUACGACGGAGACUCCAUAUAUGCUCCUCUCGUUGCUGUUUUCAGUGGUCUCAUUGUGCCUGAAGUACAUGGUAAGGAGACGGUUCCUGAGGUGGAGACAACAUCAGGUUAUGCGCUUCUACACUUUUUCAGUGAUGCAGCCUAUAACCUGACAGGAUUUGAAGUCUACUACUCGGUUAACUCCUGUCCCAACAACUGCUCUGGACACGGCAAGUGCACCCCUGGAAACUCUGCUGCUAGCAGAGUGUACUGUGAGUGUGACAAAUACUGGAAGGGGGAAGCUUGUGACAUCCCCUAUUGCAGGAACAACUGUGGAAGCCCUGAUCAUGGCUACUGUGACCUCACAGGGGAAAAGUUGUGUGUUUGCAAUGACAGCUGGCAAGGUCCAGACUGUUCCUUAACCGUGCCUUCUACUGAGUCCUACUGGGUCCUACCGAGUGUCAAGCCAUUUGGCACAUCACUGGGUCGAGCUUCCCACAAGGCUGUUGUGCAGGAAAAGGUCAUGUGGGUGGUUGGUGGAUAUUCUUUCAACUACAGCUCCUUCCAAAUGAUACUUAACUACAACCUGGAGAGUGGGAUCUGGAACCCUGUGCCCAUCAGUAGCGGCCCAGUGCCAAGAUAUGGCCACUCAUUGACCCUUUUCCAGGAGGACAUCUACAUGUUUGGAGGCAAACUUGAGUCCGGCGCUGGCAAUGUCACAGACGAGCUGUGGAUGUUUAACAUUCCUAGCAGAACAUGGCAAAGAAGAAACCCUACUCUUGGUCCACAAGCUCAGGCUCAGAUUUAUGCAGUGGAAGGCCACUCAGCCCACAGUGUCAUGUUGGAUGCAGUUAACCCUGUUAUGCUGGUGAUUUUUGGCUACUCCCCCAUCUACAGUUAUAUCAGCAGUGUGCAGGAGUACCAUCUGAAAACAAACAUGUGGACAGUGCCAGAAACCAAAGGUGCUGUUCCUCAGGGAGGGUAUGGCCACAGUAGCACAUACCACAGUGCAAGUGGCAGUGUAUUUGUCCAUGGAGGCUACAAGGCACUGCCUGCAAACAAAUAUGGCUUGGUUGAUGACCUAUACCGAUAUGACGUCAGUACACGCACAUGGUACAUCCUGAAAGAGAGUGGCUAUCCCCGAUACCUACACUCAGCAGUACUGCUUAGUGGGACUCUACUCGUCUUUGGUGGAAACACUCAUAAUGAUACUUCACUUAGCAAUGGAGCCAAGUGUUUCUCUGCUGAUUUCCUCGCCUACGAUAUUGCUUGUGAUGAAUGGAGGCUCUUGCCAAAGCCCAACCUGCAUCGAGAUGCUAACCGAUUCGGACACUCUGCUGUCAUCAGCAAUGAGUCCAUGUAUGUGUUUGGGGGCUUCUCUAGCAUGCUGCUCAAUGAUGUUCUGGUAUACCGGCCCGCCAUGUGCCCAGCCUUUUCAUCUCAAGAAAGAUGUGUGACUGCCGGGCCGGGGAUCCGCUGUAUUUGGAAUAGGGGCCGCUGUCUUCCCUGGCACCCUAUUAGGACAAACGGGAGCUUCACUCCUGCUCCAUUCUGUCUUCCAAGACCUGCAACAGUUGAUGAGCGGUGCUUCAGGUUCUCUGACUGUGCCAGCUGUAGUGCCAACACCAAUGGUUGCCAGUGGUGUGAUGACAAGAAGUGCAUCUCUGCCUCAAGCAACUGCACUGCUAGUGUCAGCAACUUCUCUGAGUGUCCUGCACAUAACGAGCUGGUGUGCAGCAAAUUAGCUAACUGCAAGAGCUGCUUGUUGAACCUGAACUGCCAGUGGGAUCAGAACCAGUCCGAGUGCCAUGCUCUUCCUGCCCAGCAGUGCAGUGAGGGCUGGAGUCAAGUGGGGGAUGCUUGUCUAAGGAUCAACUCUAGCAGAGAGAGUUAUGACAACGCUCAACACUAUUGCAAAAACUUGAAUGGGAAUAUUGCCUCCCUUACCACCUCCAGCCAAGUGGACUUUGUACUUGAAGAGUUAAAGAAGCUCCAGCAACAAGGCAAGAUUCUGUCUCCAUGGGUGGGUCUACGGAAGAUCAAUGUGUCAUACUGGGGCUGGGAGGACAUGUCACCGUUCACCAACAACAGUUUGCGGUGGCUGCCUGGAGAGCCCAGUGACUCUGGUUUCUGUGCGUACCUGGAGGAGCCUCAAGUGACAGGUCUCAGAGCCAAUCCUUGCACAGCCACAGCCCAGGGCCUGAUUUGUGAAAAGGCUACCGGAAACCCCAAUCAAGCCACUCGUCCGCCCUGCAAGAAGCCCUGUGCACUUCACACCACCUGUACAAACUGUACUAGUCAAGCCAUGGAGUGCAUGUGGUGCAGCAGUGUGCAGCGGUGUGUUGACUCAACUGCUUACAUUGUCUCGUUUCCCUACGGCCAAUGCUUAGAGUGGCAGACAGGAGAUUGCGUUGCCCAGAACUGUUCUGGUCUCAAGACUUGUUUCCAGUGUUUGGAGCAACCAGAUUGUGGAUGGUGUGCUGAUCCCAGCAGCACAGGAAAGGGCCUUUGCGUUGAAGGUUCUUUCCGAGGUCCUAUGAAGAGAGUGGGCAAGCUGGACAAGUACCUAAGCAUGGUCCUGGAGCCCAGCAUCUGCCCCAAAGACAAGGGCAAUGAGUGGGCCUUCAUUGAGUGCCCCGCAUGCCAGUGUAAUGGUCACAGCACCUGUGUGAAUGGCAGCGUUUGUGAACAGUGUCAUAACCUAACCACUGGUCCUCACUGCCAGAGCUGUAUGCCUGGCUACCACGGAGACCCAACCAAUGGAGGCAAAUGUCAAGCUUGUAAGUGUAAUGGACAUGCAAAUGUUUGCCAGGUGUUGACAGGCAAGUGUUUUUGCACCACCAAGGGCAUCAAGGGUGACCAGUGCCAGCUAUGUGACUCAGAGAACCGUUACCUUGGCAAUCCACUCAGGGGAACCUGUUACUACAAUUUGCUGAUUGACUACCAGUUCACCUUCAGUCUCAUCCAAGAGGAUGAUAACCACUACACUGCAAUCAAUUUUAUGGCCUCACCAGAGCAGGCCAACAAGAACUUGGACAUGUCUAUCAACGCAUCCAAUAAUUUCAACCUCAACAUUACCUGGUCAGUGGGAUCAACAGCUGGUACCAUCUCUGGUGAAGAGGUGCCCAUCGUCUCCAAAUCGAACAUCAAGGAAUACAGAGACAGCUUCUCCUGUGAGAAGUUUACCUUCAGAAGCAACCCCAAUAUCACCUUCUAUGUCUAUGUCAGUAACUUCUCAUGGCCCAUCAAGAUACAGAUUGCCUUCUCACAACAUAACAGUAUAAUGGACCUAGUGCAAUUCUUUGUCACAUUCUUCAGCUGCUUCUUGUCACUCUUGCUCGUGGCAGCAGUGGUAUGGAAAAUCAAGCAAACCUGCUGGGCUUCACGACGGAGAGAGCAACUGAUGAGAGAACGUCAACAAAUGGCCAGUCGUCCGUUUGCAUCAGUGACAGUGACCCUGGAUGUGUGCAGAAAGCAAAGCAAGAUUUUGCAUUCCAUGCCUGAUGGGUUACCUAAGCCUGUAGCCAUGGAGCCAUGUUCAGGAGGGAAAGCUGCUGUACUGACAGUCCUCAUACAUCUACCAUCUGGACCUUCAGGCUUUCCCCCGCCAGGCCAGUCUGGUAUCAUCGUCGCCAGUGCACUCAUUGAUGUAUCACAGCAGAGGCCGGCAGAUUUUAAGGAAAAGUCACAGUCCUUGAAAACCAGAAAAGCUCUUGCUGCACCACACCAGGGCACCUGUGUCUGACUCAAUUCCACAUGGACCUUUCUCUUGAAAGCAGACAGUGGACAUGACUCACACUAUGUUCGGAGGAUGCAAGCAAGCUUUUACCUUUAUGUUUAGCUCAGUGCAGCCUCACCAGCUUGACAUCCAGAGCAAUUUUGCCCUGUCUCAGUGACAUGCUCUCAAUUUCUUCUCUGUUGCUCAUCAGGGCAGGUAUUUAGAUGAAGACUCUCAUGGGCUGCCUGGUGGCCUUCUAUGGUGCUAAAGCAUGUUGGUCAACUACUCAACAGCUGCUUUUUGUGAUGGAACACUGCAACGUUUUGAAAUGAUAAACCAGUGGAGGAUUUUGUUUCCUUUCAUUGCCAGUUUGGAUUUCUGAUCUGCCUCUUCUUUUUGUACAUAUUUAUCACGUGUAAUCAAAAGAUAUGGAGGCAUGGAGUCUCAAAUUGCAGACAAGUUUGCUUUAUAUAUCAACGUGAGGGCCGCAAUGACAAACAUCACGACAGAACUCGUCUGCUGGAACUCUGACACUUGAGCUCCUGGCCCCAGACGCAGUAACCUUAUCCUUAUUCUUACAAGUUUUUUUUGGUUUGUUAGUUUUAAACACAAAAUUGUGUAGGCUUCUUAGGCCUAGCUGCCUUCAGCCUCCGCUGUACAGUGUCAUGAUGGAAAAAUGUAUGUCUUGUUGCUUGUUUUGAGAUCUUCCAUGUUUGUACGUUACAAUGGAAUUGAGGAUUUUUUUUUUGUUACAUGUUAUUUUGUCUUGUUACACUCAUAAUGUAUGUCUGUUAUACUGAAAUUGUAAAAGAAAAAGAAGAAGCCUUUCAUGUUUGUUUGUUUUUGUUUUCAUUGUCAGAUUCCUGUGUAAUUUUCCCCUGUGACAUUUUUGAAGUCUUCGCAAGUGUGACAUUUUUAAGCACUGAGGGCAUUUGCUUUGUUUCCUUGCCAUUAAGAAUUGUGAUGCAUUUCUUGAUAGUGUUUUGUAUAAAUGAAAUCUCCACAUUGUCAUUGCACAGGAACCGUUGUAAUGUGAGAAAACCAUAAUAAUCUAAGUGUAUUUUAAACAUGGUCAUACUGCCAGAAAAUAAACAGCAACCUGAA